ACAUAUAUACAUAAUAAAAUUAUCUCAAAACCAUCAAACUAGCUAGUUACCUCUACUGCUACUACUUCUAGGUACUAGUUCGAUUGACCUAAGAAUAAUAAAACAUAGUAAAAAGAAGAUCGAUCAUGUCGUCCAAGGUGGUUACCGCUCUUUUCUUGUUAAGUCUUCUUCUCUUAUUCUCAGUUAAUACCUGUUUGGCUCGGCCUGGUCCAUCCUCAUCAGCUUCCAUUUCUAACUCCGAUAACACUGUUAUUCCCACCAAAGACAUUGCCCAUAAGGUCAUUAAUGAAGCAGAUCAGGAAGAAAGUUGUGAGGGAGUUGAGGAAGAAGAGUGCUUAAUGAGAAGAACACUUGCAGCUCAUACUGAUUAUAUCUACACACAGAAGCAAAAUCCCUAGAUUAUUAUUAUUAAUUAUUAUAUCAUAUAUAUAUAAAUAUAUAUUUGUUAUUCUCUCUAGCUAGCUAUUUAUUUGUUUCAGCAUGUGUCUCUAAAUUACACAAGUUUCUAUUUCAUUAAUUACUUAAAAUUUGACAAAUUAAUUAUUUAAAUAAAUCUACAUUUUAUUAAUUAGAUAAAUGAUGAUUUGUCAAAUUUUAAGUAAUGGAACAUGGAGAUGACAUGUAAUUUAGGUAAAGAAAUAUUUAUAGUUGUUUUUUUUAAUAGUUUUCUUUGGCCGGCCAUAUGUUAAAUUUCUUGGUUUUUUGAUGAUUAUUCUUGAGUUUUAAUAUUAUUGUAUAAUUUGUAUUGAAUAUAUAAAUUGUAAUCGAUAUAAGGGUCUGGUUGUAAUAUUAUUAUACUCUAUAAAAGAUCCCGUUUUGUAGUUUUUUUAAAA